UGAGCCACCGCACCCGGCCGGUAAACUCUUAAAUUUUGUGCAGACACAAUCAUACAAGUUUUGGGAAGUCAAAAUGAAGGAAACAGGUGGUUACAUGGCAGGUAUAUUUAAUGCCAUACAUCCUAAGAAAUUGGAGGUGGGAAAGGGAGCUCUGGAGAGGGAGACAAAGGAAAUAGUUGAAAAGGAAUGCAAACAAGAAAAGGAGGAAUUGAAAGCUGAAGUGAAAACCAGGGGCAAGAAAAGCUCCACUCCUUCCUUCACUGCCCACUCGAAUGAAUGAAUCCUGUUUGGUUUCCUGAAUCUUCCUUCUGCUGGCCACUCCGCUUGGUCCAUCACUACUUUCAGCUCGCCCUUACCCUAAACAGCUUUCUUUAACCCAGUCAUAAUCUUAAUAUCCUGUUCCUUCUCUCUCCCGUCCCACCCACAAAAAAGCCCUCCUCUUGGUCAUUUUGGGGGAUUUUCACUCAAGAUGUGAGCUGCGCGCUGCGGGUGCGGCGAGGCUGGCCCUAUAAAAAUGUUUCUGACAUCCUUGUGCGGAUACGCAGACUUCUCCACCUAUAGGAUCACGGGCUAGGGGGUGCUCGAUCACAGCAGCCAACGUGUGAAGGCGCCUUGCAAAGUAUUAACAGCGCUAUCAAAUUUUAAUUGCGUAGUUCGGAACCAUCAGUUAUGUGAGGAAACUGGGUCCUCCACGAUCGGCCGCCUCGCCCAAUCUCAAAGGAUAAUUACAGGCUGAGUUCGGCACCAGGACCCAGUUUCCUCCCGGCAGAGGUCCGGGUACAGGCUCACGGUCGCCACGGGUCAGUCUGAGGAAAACCGCAAGCUGCGCCAAAUCUCGCGCAGCGGGGCUGGAGGGCGGGUGGGGAAUGUAACGUAUCGCGAGAUGACAGGAUUUUCCCGCGAAGUAGAAGCGCGCUUUUUUCCCUGGCGGGGGAUUUGGCGAGAGAAGGCUGGGCCGGCAGAGGCUGUGAGGCAUUAGCUCGCGGCAUUGCAGGCGCUGAGUGGAGGGGACCCGGUUCCCGGGUGCGUGUCCAGGCAUGCCAGCGGAACGGCCCGCGGGCAGCUGCGGCUCCCAGGCUCCAGCAAUGGUUGAACAGCUGGACACUGCCGUGAUUACCCCGGCCAUGCUCGAAGAGGAAGAACAGCUUGAAGCUGCUGGACUAGAGAGAGAGCGGAAGAUGCUGGAAAAGGCUCGCAUGUCUUGGGAUAGAGAGUCGACAGAAAUUCGGUACCGUAGACUUCAACAUUUGCUUGAAAAAAGCAAUAUCUACUCCAAAUUUUUGUUGACAAAAAUGGAACAGCAACAAUUAGAGGAACAGAAGAAGAAAGAAAAAUUGGAGAGAAAAAAGGAGUCUUUAAAAGUUAAAAAGGGUAAAAAUUCAAUCGAUGCAAGCGAAGAGAAGCCAGUUAUGAGGAAAAAAAGAGGAAGAGAAGAUGAAUCAUACAAUAUUUCAGAGGUCAUGUCAAAAGAGGAAAUUUUGUCUGUGGCUAAAAAAAAUAAAAAGGAGAACGAGGAUGAAAACUCCUCUACUAAUCUCUGUGUAGAAAAUCUUCAGAAAAAUAAAGAUUCGAAUAGUAUAAUUAAAGAUAGAUUGUCUCAAACGGUUAGGCAGAAUACUAAAUUCUUUUUUGACCCAGUCCGGAAGUGUAAUGGUCAACCAGUACCUUUUCAACAACCAAAGCACUUCACGGGAGGAGUGAUGCGAUGGUACCAAGUAGAAGGCAUGGAAUGGCUUAGGAUGCUUUGGGAAAACGGAAUUAAUGGCAUUUUAGCAGAUGAAAUGGGAUUGGGUAAGACAGUUCAGUGCAUUGCUACUAUUGCAUUGAUGAUUCAGAGAGGAGUACCAGGACCUUUUCUUGUCUGUGGCCCUUUGUCUACACUUCCUAACUGGAUGGCUGAGUUCAAAAGAUUUGCACCAGAUAUCCCUACAAUGUUAUAUCAUGGAACCCAGGAGGAACGUCAAAAAUUGGUAAGAAAUAUUUACAAACGGAAAGGGACUCUGCAGAUUCAUCCUGUGGUAAUCACGUCAUUUGAAAUAGCCAUGAGAGACCGAAAUGCGUUACAGCAUUGCUAUUGGAAAUACUUAAUAGUAGAUGAAGGACACAGGAUUAAGAAUAUGAAGUGCCGUCUAAUCAGGGAGUUAAAACGAUUCAAUGCUGAUAACAAACUUCUUUUGACUGGUACUCCCUUGCAAAACAAUUUAUCAGAACUUUGGUCAUUGCUAAACUUUUUGUUGCCAGAUGUAUUUGAUGACUUGAAAAGCUUUGAGUCUUGGUUUGACAUCACUAGUCUUUCUGAAACUGCUGAAGAUAUUAUUGCUAAAGAAAGAGAGCAGAAUGUAUUGCAUAUGCUGCACCAGGAAAGAAUUCCUAGAAUGUAUGUGUUAGAAUUUACAGAUGAUGGCUUCUUUGAAGGCAAAUUGCCCUCCAGAAAAGAUUUAUAUGACAUACGUCCAUAUGAAAAUACUUAUUUACUCAAGCUUCAUACCAAUUUUGAGAUUUUAACACCUUUCUUAUUGAGAAGACUGAAGUCUGAUGUUGCUCUUGAAGUUCCUCCUAAACGAGAAGUAGUUGUUUAUGCUCCACUUUCAAAGAAGCAGGAGAUCUUUUAUACAGCCAUUGUGAACCGUACAAUUGCAAACAUGUUUGGAUCCAGUGAGAAAGAAACAGUUGAGUUAAGCCCUACUGGUCGACCAAAACGACGAACUAGAAAAUCAAUAAAUUACAGCAAAAUAGAUGAUUUCCCUAAUGAAUUGGAAAAAUUGAUCAGUCAGAUACAGCCAGAGGUGGACCGAGAAAGAACUGUUGUGGAAGUGAAUAUCCCUGUAGAAUCUGAAGUUAAUCUGAAGCUGCAGAAUAUAAUGAUGCUACUUCGUAAAUGUUGCAAUCAUCCAUAUUUGAUUGAGUAUCCUAUAGACCCUGUUACACAAGAGUUUAAGAUCGAUGAAGAAUUGGUAACAAAUUCUGGGAAAUUCUUAAUUUUGGAUCGAAUGCUACCAGAACUAAAAAAAAGAGGUCACAAGGUACUGCUUUUUUCACAAAUGACAAGCAUGUUGGACAUUUUGAUGGAUUACUGCCAUCUCAGAGAUUUCAACUUCAGCAGGCUUGAUGGGUCCAUGUCUUACUCAGAGAGAGAAAAAAACAUGCACAGCUUCAACAUGGAUCCAGAGGUAUUUAUCUUCUUAGUGAGUACACGAGCUGGUGGCCUGGGCAUUAAUCUGACUGCAGCAGAUACAGUUAUCAUUUAUGAUAGUGAUUGGAACCCCCAGUCGGAUCUUCAGGCCCAGGAUAGAUGCCAUAGAAUUGGUCAGACAAAGCCAGUUGUUGUUUAUCGCCUGGUUACAGCAAAUACUGUUGAUCAGAAAAUUGUGGAAAGAGCAGCUGCUAAAAGGAAACUGGAAAAGCUGAUCAUCCAUAAAAAUCAUUUCAAAGGUGGUCAGUCUGGAUUAAAUCUGUCUAAGAAUUUCUUAGAUCCUAAGGAAUUAAUGGAAUUAUUAAAAUCUAGAGAUUAUGAAAGGGAAAUAAAAGGAUCAAGAGAGAAGGUCAUUAGUGAUAAAGAUCUAGAGUUGUUGUUAGAUCGAAGUGAUCUUAUUGAUCAAAUGAAUGCUUCAGGACCAAUUAAGGAGAAGAUGGGGAUAUUCAAGAUACUGGAAAAUUCUGAAGAUUCCAGUCCUGAAUGUUUGUUUUAAACUGGAGCUCAAAAAUAGAUUUUAUGUUUAUGUCUAGUGAUUUCCCUGUAUUGGGUUUGAAAUACUGAUUGUCCACUUCACCUUUUUUAUUAUAUCAGUUGACAUGUAACUAGUACUAUGCAUACUUAAAUAGAUGGUAAUUUUCUGAGCCUUACCAAGAACAAAGAAGUACCCAUAUUAAGUUUAGAUUUUCAGUUAAUUUUUGAGACUGAGUAGUAUUCUUGGAUACAGGCCAAUGUGUACUUAACUACUUCCAGAUUUAUACAGUCUUCCUGUGGAAGUUUAGUAAAUGUCUUUUUCCCUCCUUUCUUCUAGUAAUGCAGUUCAUGGGUACUUCAGUUAUGAAGUAGGCUUUUCAUGGGGAGAGAUUGGGAUUAUGCUCUCUAUUGUUUAAGACAUUGUUUGAUUUUAGAGUCUAUUUCUGUGAGAUAGUUUACCAAAUAAAUGUUCCUUAUAAGAUGAUCUCAUUAAAUUAUUUUUUCAGGAAUAGCUUAGGUGCAAUAAUAGCAAAAGACUUGACUGUCGGUAGGAUUUGAUUAUUUUGCUUUCUUGGUUUCAUUCACUAGUACUAUAGGAGUGUAUCAUAUAAAAGAUUUCAAGUGGACGUUCUGUUAGCACAAGAGAAGUUUCUGAAUGAAACUUUAGGGCGUUGACAAAUGACUAGAAAUUGGAAAUGGUAGUAUAUCGUGCAAAACAAGACAGAUCCUGAAAAUUUAUAGUGGUUAACUAGAACCAAAUAGAAGAGAACAGGCUUUAGGAGUAUGUAAGUAAUGCAAAAUCCGUAAUAGAACAGCAUAAAGGCCAAAAGGGGUACAAUUUAGACCCUGUGCGAAAGGAUAUCAGGCAGUGAGGAAGAGAAAUCCUGAAUGUACCCUGGAGAGGGGACAUACUCCAUGAGCCAUACAUUUCUGUGCUGGUGUUUAUUUCAUGGAAAAAUAUUGCUGUUGCCAUCCAUAUUCAAAUGUAGAUCAGAUGAUCUGUUUGGGAUAAUGAAACUGUCACUUAAGAAAAACUUAAAUUCUUUUUUUCCUGUGUCCUGUUUGCACAGGUCUUUUUUCUUUAAAAUUUUUAUUUCAGUAGUUUUGGGUUACAGGUGGAAAGUUUUGGUUAUAUGACUAAGUUCUUUGGUGGUGAAGAAAAACUUCAGAUAGAACAUUUGGUUAAAUAAAAGACUAUAGAGCAGGUUUAUUUGUUUUGUAAGUGAAAAUGUUAACCCAUCACAUAAGCAUGCUGACCUAGGCUUGCUUGAAACUCGUGAUCUUGUCCUUAGCGACCCAGUCUUUUCUGUUACAUUGUCCUAAAUGACUGAUUUCAUAGUUUUACUCUGUCAUUGCAUGUCUCACAUCUUCUCCCUCUCACUUUGCUCCCUAUCGCCCUGAGAAAAUAGACACAAUCAGAAAAGAAUCUUUAAAAGUUGUCACCAUUGCAUCUGUAAACCUAGCAUCUAUGCCUAUCUGUCCUUUAUUAUAUACUAUGGAUAUAUUGUUUGUCCUAGCUUGAGCCAAUUGUAAUGUCUCAUUUCUUUCAUACCAAAACUCCUUGAAAAAGAAUUCUGUUAUCACAAAACUCCUUGCCUGUAUUCAUUGUUUUUAGUUUGUUCUGUUUUUUUUCUGAACCAGUUCCAAUCAGAUAUUGAUUUCCAUUGGAGCCGUUUUUUUUUUAAGGUCUCGUGAUGUCAGUGAAUUCAUUUUACUUGAUCUUUUAGCAGCAUUUCAUACAGUUGUUGACUCUUCUCCAUUAAAACACUUACUUUAUUUGGCUCCUAGCAAACAUAUUUGCCUGCUUUUUCUUCCUAUUUCUCUGACUCUUUUCUCAGUUUCCUUUGCUGUUUCCUUUUCUGUCCUCUAAAUAUUGGAAUAUCCUAAGCCUAGUUUGGGAUUCCCUUGAUGGUCUUCAUUUCUUCAAUAGGAGCUGUGCUGAUGACUCAAAUUUAUAUCUCCAACCAGAACCUUUCUCCUGAAUUCCAGAUUCACAUAUCCAACUGUUUACUAGGUGCUUGAUAACUAUAUCUGUACUUUUCAUCCUGUUUAAUCCGAAUUUGCUUCUUUUGCAUUUUCCUUAGUUCAAUAAAUGACAACUUUAUUCUUCCAGUUGUUUAAACCAAAAAUCUUGUCUUCUCUUUCUUCCCUCACAUUUCACAUUUCACAUUUCACAUCUGAUUCUAAAGCAAAUCUCGUUGUCUAUACUUUUUCUUUUUUUUUCCCCCUUUUUUUGGGUCUCGCUCUGUUGCCCAGGCUGGAGUGCAGUGGUGCAGUCUCGGCUCACUGCAACCUCUGUGUCCUGGGUUCAAGCGAUUAUCCUGCCUCAGCCUCCUGAGUAGUUGGGGUUAUAGGCGCAUGCCACCAUGCCUGGCUAAUUUUUAUAUUUUUAGUAGAGACUAGGUUUCACCGUGUUGGUCAGGCUGGUCUCAAACUCCUGACCUUGUGAUCUGCCCACCUUGGCCUCCGAAGGUGCUGGGAUUAUAGGCAUGAGCCACCGCAUCCGGCAUUUUUUUUUUUUUUAAAAUAGAAUCUCAGUUCGUCACCUGGGCUGGAGUACAGUGGCGUGAUCUUGGCUCACUGCAACAUCUGCCCCCCGGAUUCAAGUGAUUCUCAUGCCUCGGCCUCCCAAGUAACCAGGACUAGAGGUGUGCGCCACCACGCCUGGCUAAUUUUCUUCUUUUUAGUAGAAACAUGGUUUCACCACGUUGGCCAGGCUGGUCUCGAACUCCUCACCUCAAGUGAUCCAUCUGCCUCGGACUAAGUGCAGGGAUUACAGGCGUGAGCCAUUGCGCCCAGCCUACUUUCUAUAAAUGUCAUCCUGGCCCUGCCCCGCCCCCCCCACCCCCUCCCCGCCCCACCUCCUCCCCGCCCCACCUCCCGUACCCUGCAUAGUCUGUUUCAUUUGAUUCUUCCCUUAGUUUGGUGUUUUGUUUUGAUGUGUCUUCUUUAGAUGCCUUGGGAUCAUUUACUGUUCCUCAUAUUUAAGAGCAAAUGCUUAAAAGUUCUUAGAAAUACCUUCUUGAAAAGCCUGCAUUCCUACCAUCUCUCACCACUUCAACAUGAAAUAAUGAUCCCUUACAUCUUUUUAGUGUAGUUACAUAAUUUUUGAUUGACUCAAUAGUUUUAUUUUGGCUCUGUAAGUAUUAUUAAAGCUUUAGAUAAGCCAUGGAAUAUGCUAAGGUUUUUUCAUUCUUGUGCAGCUUUUUUUUUUUCUCCUUGAAGUUAAUACUUACUUUUUUUUAACCUAUCAGUAAUUUAUAUCUAAUUUCUCUGGAAGUAUAAACCUCUCAUUAUAUUAAAACAGAUCUCGUGAUUCAGUAAUAAACUUCCCCCUCCAAAUAUAUCCCAUCAUCUCUACUCCCUGGAACAUUCUUCUAGUUUGGACUGUAGAACCGAUUCCAUCUGCAACCUUCGUUUACCAUCCAGUUGGGUAUUUCUGUUGGCUGUUUCAUGUUUUGGAACUACUGUUUACUGAGUCUCACUUUUGUUUUCUUUUUUUUUCCUUUAAGACGGAGUUACACUCUUGCUGCCCAGGCUGGAGUGCAGUGGCUCGAUCUCGGGUCACUGCAACUUCUGCCUUCUGGGUUUAGGCUAUUCUCCUGCCUCAGCCUCCUGAGUAGCUGGAAUUGCAAGUGCCCGCCACCAUGCCCAGCUAAUUUUUGUAUUUUUAGUAGAGACAGUUUCACCAUGUUGGCCAGGCUGGUCUCGAACUCCUGACCUCAGGUGAUCCACCAUCCUCGGCCUCCCAAAGUGCUGGUAUUACAGGUGUGAACCACCGUUCCUGGCUGGAUCUCACUUUUUUUCCUCCUUGGUUUACUCCCUCAUUUUGAUGGAUUGUAUUGUCUUGUGUUUUCCUGAGAAAAGGAUUCAAGAGAAAUGAAUAUUUUGAGAACUCAGAGAAAAUCUGGAUGUAUUUUUGUUGAAUUCCUACAUUUAAUGGAUAGUAGUUUUGGUUUGAGAUUUUAGAUUAGGAAUUAUUGUCUUCUCAGAAUUUUGAAAGUUACUGUGUUGUCUCAGAACUUCCAGUGUUGUGGGAGAGAAAAUUAAUGAUACUCUUUUUUUUUUUGUUUUUGGAGACAGGGUCUCAUUCUGUCACCCAGGCCUAAAUACAGCUCACUGCAGCCUUGACCUCUCAGGCUCAAGUGAUCCUCCAGCCUCAGCCACCAGCUUAGUUUGGACCACAGCCAUGCACCAAAUUCCCUGCUAAGUUUUUAAUUUUUCUGUGGAGACAGGGUCUCGCCAUUUUGCCCAGGCUGGUCCUGAACUCCUGGGCUCAUGAAAUUCCCCGCCGCUUGGCCUCCUAAGGCUGGGAUUACACGUGUGAGCUCCUGCACCUGGCCCCCGAAUGCCCCCUAAUGCCACUUUGAUUUCCAGUCUGUUGAAUGUUGGGGGAAUCUGCCUUUUGUUAAUGUGAGCUUCUAAUGUUUGUCUUUUGUAUUCUAAAUUAAUAAUGUGUGUCCUUGAUAUGGGUCUUUUUUUUUUUUUUUUUUUUUUUUCUAAAGAGACUUCUGCUAUGUUGCACAGAUUUGAUUUGAAUUCCUGGUGUCAAGUUAUCUUUCCUUCUCAGUCACUAGAGUAAUGUGGACUACAGACAUGUGACACCAUGCCCAUCUUUAUGUUGUGUAUCUUAUCUUUGUUUUGGUUUACUCUUGAAAAAGCUCAGGCUGAAAAUCUGUCUCUUAAUUCAUGGGAAUUUUUUAGAAUGACUUCUUGGAGGCUUUUGUCUUUUGAAUGUGUGAUCCCUUCUCUGCCUAUGACUUUUUUUUCUUGCUUUUUUUUUUUUUUUAUGAGACAUGGUCUUGCUGUUGUCCAGGUUGGAGAGCAGUGGUGCAAUCAUAGCUCACUACAUUCUUGAAUUUCUGGGCUCAAGCUAUCUUCCCACCUCAGCUUUCAGAGUAUCUGGGGCUACAGGCAUGUGCCACUAUGCCCAGAUAAUU